GAGAGCCUCUUUGCCAUUUGAUUCAGCACAGCCUGUUGAAGGUUUAGCGAGGGCGGAGAGCGCUUAGUAAUUACCAAGGCCAACCAGCCCCACCUGGCCAGUGUCCUCCUGAACCUGCUCUUCCCUGUAGCGCAGUAACCUGCGCUCUGGCUUGAGUUCCAGAGGAGGCAGAAGUGUCUUCCUAGAGGCAGGUGUCACCUCUUCCUGCCCACCAGCCAGGGCAGCCACUGCCCCUGUGGAGCCAUCAGCCCUGUGUCCUGUGAAGUCCACUGUGUCCAGUGGCCUCUAACUCCUGCAAGAUGUCCAGCCAGGAUUUAAGCAUCACAGCCAAACUCAUCAACGGAGGCUUAGCGGGGCUCGUGGGAGUGACCUGUGUGUUCCCUGUGGACUUGGCCAAGACCCGGCUGCAGAAUCAGCGUGGCACCGAUGCAUACCGGGGCAUGACCGACUGCCUGAUGAAGACGGUGCGAGCAGAGGGCUUCCUGGGCAUGUACCGUGGGGCUGCAGUGAACCUUAGCCUGGUCACCCCAGAGAAGGCCAUCAAGCUGGCAGCCAACGACUUCUUCCGGGACCUGCUCAUGGAAGAUGGGAGGCAGCGGAACCUGAAGAUGGAGAUGCUAGCCGGAUGCGGGGCUGGAAUGUGCCAGGUGGUGGUCACCUGUCCCAUGGAAAUGCUCAAGAUUCAGCUGCAGGAUGCUGGACGCGUGGGUGAGGCCUACCCCAACCUCGCCUGUGCGGGGUGCCCCCAGGGCUUGGCCGCAGAGCCCGCAUCCUCCAGGUCCUACAGCACGGGCUCAGCUCCUGCCCACAAGCGCCCCUCUGCCACCCUCAUUGCCUGGGAGCUGCUGCGUGCGCAGGGCCUGGCUGGCCUCUACAAAGGCCUGGGGGCCACAGUGCUCAGAGACAUUCCCUUCUCCAUCAUCUACUUCCCGCUCUUCGCCAACCUCAACAACCUGGGAGUCAGCGAGCACACGGGGAAGGCGUCCUUUGUCCAUUCCUUCGGGGCUGGCUGUGUGGCAGGCUCUGUGGCUGCUGUCGCCGUCACGCCCCUGGAUGUUCUGAAAACUCGGAUCCAAACCCUCAAGAAAGGCCUGGGUGAAGAGAGCUACAGCGGGGUACUGGACUGUGCCAGGAAGCUCUGGACCCGGGAGGGACCUGCAGCCUUCAUGAAGGGCGCAGGCUGCCGCGCCCUCGUCGUCGCGCCCCUCUUCGGCAUAGCCCAAGGCAUCUACUUCCUGGGCAUUGGGGAGCGCAUCUUACGGAGCCUAGAGUAACCCUGGCAGGCGCCAAGUGCCCCGCUUGCUUCAACCUUGCUAGUUCGCGUGCCUUCGUCUAGAGGGGGUGACCGGAGGGAGGCCAAUGCCCUGCUGCUCAGGAUCAGAAGUGGCCCCACCCCAGCAGGAACCCAGUAGGAACGGUGUUAGCACCCUCCCACUCUAGGACAGCUGCAAGGGACACCCAGAGGCCCCUUAGCAGUGCCACCCUGGGUUGCUCUCCCACGCUCUUCUCCACCGGACUGGCUGAAAGGGCCUUUCCGUAUUUUAACACUGCGCUUCCACACUCAGGCUCAGUGUGCCCGGGUCGGCAUGAGGAUUAGUGUCUCUAAUCUUGAGUUACUAGCUUGCGGUUAGUCCUAGCACAGAUGUUCAGGAGAGGCAUCGGGGACCCAAGGGGA